AUGAAGAUGUGUUUCCUUACUAUGUCACUGAGCAGAAUUAACGAGGAAGUCAUAAUUAUUGCAGACAAUUGGGUAUUCAAAAUUGAUGAGGACGAUGAGGACGCCAUCUCCAGUACGGUGUUUGAAACGGAUGAAGCGUUAGAGGACAGUGAAAUUGAGCUAGAAAAUGACACUGAGCAGAUCCCUGAAUCAGAGAAUGAAAGAAGUUCCUCAGUCGAUGAUGUCGGUGACUUUCUGGAAGGUAGGGCAACAGUCUCUCCCGGGGAGAUGGGAAACCAACACGAAAUGACAUCCUAA